GGAGCAGCUCGAGCAGGACUGUCUGUCCCACGCACCGCGGUGAUGUGAUCUUACAAGUGACAGCUACCCAAGAUCCUAGGGAUGGGCGAUAUUUUGUUGAGAUAGAAAAAAAAAAAAAAAAAAAAAAAAAAAACUUUUCGGCCAUUCAGUCAACGUGUUUUCACUGCUUCUUGUAUUUUAUGCUUCAGGACACAAAAAGAGGCGAUGAUGAUCCAGGCCUCCUUUAGGCAAGGCCUGCAGCUGUGUUUAUUCCUACUGAUGGUGGUAAGACUGCAGGGCAAGGUAACAGCACCGGAGCAUCAGGAGGCUCCUGUGGAGAAGCCCUUUACCCUGACCUGCACUGUUUCAAGAGAGAGAGGCGAAUCCCUGAGGCAGGUGCGCUGGCUGGAUGUCCAGAACCAGACCCUGCUGACCUACCAGCCCAGCCAGAGGGACAGUGUGAGCGGGCAGCAACAUGUGGAGCUGGCCACCUCUCCCAAGGACACGUCGGCCAUCAUUAUCCGCAGGGUGGGCUUCCGUGACGAGGGCUGCUACACCUGCAUCUUUGACAUGCACCCCACCGGUUCGCAGCAGGGACAGACAUGCCUCACUGUGACCGCGCAAAUUUCUGCCGACAGCAAUAAGACAGCAGUGAGCGGCAAGAAGGCGUCCCUGUUGUGCUCCUACGGCUUGCCCGAAAAGGUGGAGCAGGUGGUGUGGAGGUACACAUCUGGGCAGGGAGAAUCCAGUGCGGUGGCCUCCUUCGCCAAGCGGAGCGACCCCAUGAUCGAGCCGUCCUACCAGGGAAGAGUGUGGCUCAGUGCCUCCAUGUCCCACAGCCAGCUCACCAUCCAGCCUGUCGCUAUCCAGGACGAGGGCUGCUACACCUGCCUGUACGACACACAUCCUGACGGGCCUAAGAGCUCGACCAUUUGCCUCUCCACCUAUGUGCUGCCUAAGCCUCAGGUGAGCUACAAGACGACAUCUCCAGGUGUGAUCGAAGCCAACUGCACCUCAGUGUCACGUCCCCCAGCAGAGAUCGUCUGGAAUGUGGAGAGGGAUAACAGGACUAUGGGCCCCCCAGUAACAACACAGCUGCCCCAGGAUGAUGGGACCACGCUGAUCAUCAGUACACUUACCGUCCAGUCAGGGCUGCUGAAGGACGUUUCCAUCAAAUGCUUGGUCCACCAUAAAGGCCUUGAGUCACCAAUUGCUGUUUCUAUGAACACUAAAAUUGGGACAGCUCUCACCAUCCUGAUCUCAGUCACCACUGUGGCAGCUCUGCUGGUCAUGUGCCUCUGCUUUUGCCUUUGGAAGUGUUUCUUACGUAAAGACGCUGAUUAACCUCUCAGAUGAGACGGGAGCCUGAAGAGAAGAAGCACUGCUUCUCAGAGCCAAUCACACCAUUUCUUGGUGUUUCACUACAUCAUCAUAGCAUAGAGGGAAGAUGGCCUGUUGUGACACGCCUCAGGAGGACAUCGCAUACAAUCCAUGACCGCCAGCUGUUCAACGACAUUCAACUCUGCUAUGCUGCCUCAGCAUUUAUGCCUCAAAUCUAAUUGUCAGGCUAUGCUCACAUGAAGUCUAUGAGGAAACAUAGAGUGGAAUUUUUUUCUCUCGCUCUGAAAUUGAUGGACUAUAUGGUCCCACAUUCCACAGUAAACAACAGAGGCAUUGUAGAGCAAAUUAAAUUACAAGUUUUUUUUUUUUUUCGUCUUUUCCAGUAUGUUGCAUUUCAUGGAUAUGAAAUAGUUUCCUCUGAUGUCUCCUUGCUUUACUUGGUUGAUCCCCACAGUAAAUGACAGCACACCUGAACAGCUACUUGUAGAGGCUUUCUAUGAACUUGCCUUUACCAGUUCACUUCCUCUGUUACCUGACUAGAGGGUCUCCCUCACUACUGUAUGUUUGUGAAGCUGGGUGGGAGUCAGAGGUAACCUUCAGUACAUCUACUGUUUACUAAAAGGGCUAUAGACUUACAUCUUGUUUGUGUAAUACGUAUUGUGUAUGUUUUCUGCCUUUUUCACAGACCGUAUGUGUAUAUGUGUGUGUAUGUGCCGUUGUGCAUGUGUGCAGUGGGAGCAUGUCAAAUUCCAUGGUCAGAUGGCUUGAAUCAAUUCUCUGAAGAUGCUACGCUGAAACCUUACUGGUGCCCCUGGAAGGAAUGCAUGUCUGGUUGCUCGCCUCUAUUGUAGACUCAGACUGGGCCGUGUGUGUGUGUGUGUGUGUGUGUGUGUGUGUGUGUACAGGUUGGGAUCUGCUGGAUAGUUCAGGCAGUGCAGCCUAGUGGUUUGAGAGGGCUAAAGGAUCGGUUGUUAAAAUACAACAAAAAGAUAUUUUCCUGUUUACCUCUAGUGCAGUCUAAUCCUGUUCACAUGUAAAUUUUAAUAGAUUGAGCUCCAGACAACAUUACGCACCCAGCCCCAUUGUUUGAGGCUCCUGCAAGACAGCAAACAAAACUGGAAACAAACUGGAAACCUCACCAAAUCACACAGAAACUGUUUAUAGAUUAUGCAAGGGUUAAAGCUGCCAACACAUGAUUAAACCGCUCUGCACUGCCUGUGCCACCGUUUUCCUCUGGAUAGAGUAAUGUCGCCCAACCCUUUGCUACCUCUGGUGGCGUGUAUGGCUCGAGUUUUCCAGUUUUGCGCUGCGCUCCAAGUUUAAUGUAUUUUAACACUGACCUCCUUUGCCAGUGAUCUUUUGAAGCGAGUCUGACUAAAUUAAAGCUCCCAACAGCCAAAACAAUAUGUCUUUCUUUAUAUGCAAUAAAUUUAAAAUAUAUAUCAUGACCUCAAGCAAAUAAACACUGCAUGACUGUCAGUAGAGAUUAUCAGCAGUCAACCCGUGCUACCAUGUUAAUUAUCCUAUGUUGCUGAUAGCUAAGCUAACGGACAGUCAGCACUGACUUUGCUCUUUUGCUCUUUGCUUUGAUGCUCACUUAUCAUGUGUGGGCACUUUAAGUCGGAAAAUAUCUUGUUUUGUAUUUUUGGUGAACUGUCCCUUUAAAUGGAUUUCUCCUGUAACAUUAUCCUGAGUUGAGACGCUGAACUCCUCCAUGCUCUGGAGUGGCACCUUAAUGUAUAAAACGUCAUGUAAUGCGGCUUUGGCACCUAUUGUAUUUGUGUAUGCACAGGCAUUUGAAUACUCAAACUUUAUACAGAAAUAAUCUCGUAAAUCAAAGAUGUGAAACUGUCACAAUUUGCUUUUUCAACAGAAGAAAGCCAUUGCAUGUUAUCAGACUGCAAAGUCCUUUAUAUUUUUUAAUGUGAAAUCAGACACACCACAUCACAUUUCAUCAUUGUUUAGCUGAUUUUAGAUCGCAGUUUUACUCAGUUUGCAGAUACACUGAACAGUUCUGCUAUUUGCUCAUAACACUGAUGAUGCACAUCGGGCUUAGUUUAGAAUGAUUUUGAAGAUUUUCAGGAACGUUUUGUGAUAUGAAAAUGUACUUUUCAUGCACCCUCCCCUGUAUGUAGAGACUGCAGUCCCCCCCA